AUGAUGGACCCUUCUUCCGGCUUCACACCCAAAAAAGCUCUUGCUAGCUGGAACCACGCCGAACUUUUACAGAACUACCGCGAACUUUACGCAGAGUACGACAAGUACACGAUGCUCGCUGCGCAGUUCGACAGCCCCAAAUUACCCUUCGGACGAGAGCGCGCGCUUCACAACCUAGUCAAUGCACGAGCGAAGGUGGAGCAUGAUAUCAAGAGACUUAAGAAGACGUACCAAGAAGAGCGUAUGAAACUAGCAUGUCAGAAUCUCGAUGCGAAGCUCCGCGAGGCACUCGAACAAAGUCGAGACACAUUGGCAGCUGUCUUGGAUGAAGAUCGCCGCCCUCCGCCUGACAAGCUCAUGAAGGAGAAGGCAGAGUUGCAGAACGAGAAGACUAACCUGUUGUUGCAGUUGCGAGACUUGUUGUACAGAUAUAAAGAGCUGCUGGAGAGUAGAAGAGAAGGAGAAAAGGAUUGUAAUAAUAGUAAUAUACAAGAGGUGGAAAGCGAACGGGACCUGCUUCGAGAAGACCUCGAUAUUGCUCGGGUGGAGUGUGAGAAGUUGAGACAAGAGGUAAAAUACCUUGAGAGUGCGCUGGGGGUAAACUGA